GUUGCAAAACUUUCAGCCGCACAGUAUUACACGCUGGAGCUGCCUCAGCAGAGCAAAGCAGCUUAUCAUAAAGCCUAAAUACAGUUCGCGCGCGACCUGGUUUAUUUGCCAGCUGCCUACACAACUCAAUUCAUAUAUGUUAAGGUGUUAAGGUGUGCAAGAUUCACACAGAGCAGUUCCAGUAGGCGUUGUGCAGCGCGGGGGUGGAGCCUGCCGAGCCUCCACAGCGCUGGGCCUUCAGCUGGCCCAGCAUAGCAAGGAUAUAACUGCCAUCUAAAGGAGCAGGCGACAGCAGAUGUAGGCAUCGGGUUCGGCAUAAACGCGAGUCCUGCAUCACUCGCAUUCCUCGGCCCCCACGCACCAGCUCCGUUCUAGCGGAUUUGCGCGAAUCUUGGGGAGAAUGACUGACAACAAGCCUCAACGGCGGAGCUGCGAGGUUGUGGAUAUUGACCCUGGCUGGUACCCGGGCCAGCCCGAGCUAGAAGACGACCCCGCCCUGAGCGAGGUCCCGCACGUCGGCGCCGCACGCUCCGCCAGCAUCUCCAUCGGCGCUCUCGGCCGCGCCAGCGCCCUCGGCGGCGCCGGCCUCACACAGCCGGACCACGGCCUGCACCCCGCCGGCGCCGGCGGACCCUCCGCCACCACCGCCGCCACCUCCGGCUUCCCAAAUGCGUCAUUGCUCGGCCCCGCUACCGCGGCGGCAGCCGCUGGCGGCAGCGCCGCUGGCGCCGCCGCCGGCGACGCGGCACGGGCUCGGGCGCCGCCGGCGGCUGUGUCUGUGCCUACGGUGCUUGGCAAGCUGCAGAAGUGGGGCGACUACGUGGCGGUGGGGGCGCCCGUGGCCCCCACCAAGUUCGUGCCCAUGAAGACGCCUCUGAGCACCGAGAUCCUGGACAGCUGGUCGCUACCGGCGCAGCCCAAGCACCGGCUCACGGUGCCGCAGAUGGUGGCGGACCAGGCGGCGGCGGGGCGCAAGAUCGGUCUGAUCCUGGACCUGUCCAACCACGACUGCCUGUACACGGACGACGUCCCGCCCGACGUGCAGUACAUCCACAUACAGCUGGUGGCGAAGGAGCUGCCGCCGCCCGACUUCGUGGCUGAGGUGGUGGCGGCCGCCAACGCCUUCUGGGAGCAGCACCCCGACCUGUACAUCGCGGUGCACUGCGCAUACGGCUUCAACCGCACCGGCUUCGUGGUGUGCUGCUACCUGAUCGAGUGCUGCGGCCUGACGGUGGACGAAGCGCUGGACGCCUUCGCCACCGCCCGCCCGCCCGGAGUCAAGCACGAGGCGUUCCGGGCCGAGCUGCAGGCGCGCUACUCGGGCUAUGCGGGCAUGCUUGGCGACUACGUCAGCGGCAACAGCGCGGGCCACAACGGCGGCGCGCACCACGGCAGCCCCGACAACAGCAGCUUCGGCGGCUGCUCGCCCGCCUGCCGCAGCCAGGACCUGAGGGACCUGGUGGGCUCAGCGCCUGGCACGGCGGCGCCGGCGGCGGCGGGGCCCAACAGCGGCCUCUGCGGCCUGGGCAGCGGCUUUGGCGGCCUGGGGGGCCACUCCGGGCCCAGCCCGCUCUCGCGCAACGCCUUCGCAAUGGAGUCGCUGCUGGCGUCCGUCGCCGCGGCCGCAGCGGCAGGGAUGCCAGGCGCGGCGGCGCCGGCGACGCCCGGGCAGGCGGACGGGGUCGCCGGUGCCGGUGCCGGUGCCGCUGCCUGCGGCAGCGGCAGCGGCGGCAGCGGGGGCGCGGGGAGCCACGCGGCGUUGAUGGCGGCGAUGGGCAUGCCGGGCCGCGGCGCCUGUAGCUACGGCGGCGUGCUGCAUGGGGGCAUGCAUGCGGCGCAGCAGGUGGCGGGGAGCACGGCGGCCGGCAGCCCCCCUCGGGCCGGCGGCAGCGGUGGGCUCGCGGUGUACGGCGGCGGCGGGAGCCAUGCCGCGUCGCCGCCCUGGGCGCACGGGGGCAUGGGCGGCAGGGCUGGGAGUGGGGGUGGUGCAGGGGCAGGGGCAGGGGCGGGGGCAGGGGCGGGCGGCGGUGGUGUGGGCGGCAGUGGCGUCGGCUGUGUGCCGCAGCCGCACGGCUCGCAACCGGUGUACGGCUAUCCCCAUGACCAGCAACAGCAUCAGCAGCUGCUACAGCAGGCGCAGCUGCACCCGCACCACCAGACGCACACGUUCGCGGGUGGGGCCGCCGUCGGCGGCAGCCUUGUCGUGUCGUCGAUCCCGGCCGCCAGUGCGGGGUCACGGCAGGGCGGGGAAGCACACGACCCGCACGGCGCCGCGAACGGCCUCGACCACGGCACACACGGGGCGGCACAACCGGCGCCGGCCUCCGCUUCCGGCGGCGGCGGCGGCAGCGGUGGCGACUGUGUCGGUGUGCUUGGGGAACAUGGGCCGGGGGCGGCGGAGGCGGCGGGCGCAGGCGCUUCCGAACAGGGCCGGGGCCCGGCAACAGCGUUCACCGCACCCGCCCUGGCGCCUCCACCGCAGCCGCAGCCGCAGGCGGCCGCGUCGGCGUUCGCUGCUGCCGCCGACCGCGCCCCGCACGUCAGUGAAGCGGUUGGUGGUCCUGCGCCCUGUAUUGAGGCCCCGCCCAUUCCUGGCGCCGGGCGCGGCGCAGCCUGCCACUCCGACGCAGCGGCGGCGGCUGGCCAGGGCCAGGGCCACGCGCAGGCAGGAGCCGUGGCGGCGGGGGCGCUGGGCUCGAGUGUGUCUGUGGGCUCGGGUGGGCGGCGGUUCAGUGAGGACCGCACCAGCAGCGGCGCCUGCGGCGACAACGAGAGCCUGGGUGUGAGCGACCGCUACAUCCUGCAGACCAUGAGGCAACACGCGAUGGCGCAGCAGCAGCAGCAGGGCAACAACGCCAGCAUUCCUGAGGAGGACGGCGGCGGCACCGGCGGCGGCAGCUCCUCUCAUGACAGCCCGCUCCGCGGCGUCAGCUCCAACUCACUAACCGACUAUUCAGACGUGUCCAUCAGGCCUAGCGGCGGCGGCAGCAGCGGGGCCAUGGGGCCGACGCCGCCCAGCGUCACGCCGCCGCGGACGAGCGCGCAGCCCGCCGCCGGCCGCGGUGGCCGGUACAGCCGGGCUAGCUUGGAAGCCAUCGACUGGGGCGCGGCGGCGUCGGAGGCGGUGGUAGACGCGGCGUUGACGGCGGCGGGGGAGGCGAAAAGGAUGGUGGCGGAUUAGGGGCGGAGGAGUGGGGGUAGGUUCGCGGCGGCAAGCUGGGGUUGUGUCGGCCUGUCGGGGCGCUGGGGCCGCGGGGCGGAGGCGUGCAAGCCAGCAGGGCCCGUGCGGGCGCUUACGUGUGCAUGCCACGUGUGGUAAUUAUGCGGGAUCAUUGGUUGUGAGGCGCUAGGUUGGUAGAUCCGUGUUUGGUCAGCGCCGCUCGCCUCACGCGCUUGUUGCAUGCGCAUUCCUUGUUCGUGUUUACUGUAGUAUUAGGUAAUGGGUGUUCGUUGGGACGCUUCGGCCGGAGAAUACGGGAUACUUGGCGUGCGUGCGGGUGUGUCGCUGAUACUUCGCCAUAAUUUGUGAUGAGAGUCCAAGAUUAGUUUAUUCCCGCUAUGAGAAUGAGUUAAGCAGAUGUCGCGUGGUUGAUGUUCUUGGUGGGCGCUAUCGGCCGGGAAAUGCAUGCAAGGGGCCGUCUCGUGUCGUCUGGUCAGGAUGGGCAUUAGACGCAUGGAAUGGGCGGAUUAGCACUCCCGGACUUGCAGAGGCAACUUGCAGCCGCACUGACUGGACGCCCGCACCAGCCUGCACUACGGAGUGAGGGCUGCACGCACGCGCAGCACGGGCGCACUUGCAUUUAGGGCUGCCGUGGGUGCAGAAGGGUGCCGAGCCAACCCACUCGCCUGACUCUGGCUAUGACCGUACCGCAUUCAGGCUCCAGGUU